AUGGGGGUGCCUUUAUUUGGGGAUAGAAAGUCCUUCUAUUUCCGGAUCUGGAAUGGACUGAGUCAGAUGUUGCAAGGCAAAAAAUCCUGCAAUAAACAUCUGGACGAAAUCUACCUCCUCCAGCAGAAAAGGAUCUGGGAAUCCCCACUACUCCAGGCUGCCAAGGAGAACAACCUCCAAGCUAUUACAAAACUUCUCACUGAUGGAACAUGUGAUAUCUAUCAAAGAGGUGCAGUGGGGGAGACAGCUCUUCAUGUAGCUGCCUUGUAUGAUAAUGUGGAGGCUGCAGUGGCUUUGAUGGAGGCUGCUCCAGAGCUCGUCAAUGAAAGGAUGACAUCAGUACCUUAUUUUGUUUGUGUGCUUACAGGGCAGACAGCUCUCCACAUUGCAGCAGUGAACCAGAACAUUGCUCUCGUGAAGGCUUUACUCAAAAGAGGGGCCAAUGCCUGCAUGGCACGAGCCACUGGGCAAUUCUUCAGGCGCAGCUCCCAGAACCUCCUCUAUUUCGGAGAGCACGUUUUAUCAUUUGCUGCCUGUGUGGGAAAUGAGGAGAUUGUAAGGUUGCUCAUUGAAAAUGGAGCUGACAUUAGAGCUCAGGAUUAUUUAGGUAACACUGUUCUUCAUAUCCUGGUCCUACAACCUAACAAAACAUUUGCCUGCCAUAUGUACAGCCUGAUACUUUCCUAUGACAGAAGCAAGCAAGGAUCAGGAUCACUUGAAUUGAUUCCGAACAAUGAGGGGCUUACUCCAUUCAAACUGGCUGGUGUUGAGGGCAAUACUGUGAUGUUUCAAUACCUCAUGCAGAAGCGGAAGUACAAUCUCUGGUCCUUUGGCCCCUUUACCACUGUGCUCUAUGAUCUCACAGAGAUUGACUCCUGGGCUGAAGAUCAGUCCUUCCUUGAGCUCAUUGUCUCAACCAAGAAGAGAGAGGCCCGACAGAUCUUAGACCUAACACCUGUGAAGGAACUGGUGAGCUUGAAGUGGAAUAUGUAUGGACGGCCUUAUUUCUGUUUCCUGGCUUUAUUCUAUGUGCUCUACAUGGUCUGCUUCACUAUGUGCUGCGUCUACCGACCACUGAAACCCCGAACAGACAACAAAACAAGCAGUAGAGACAAUACUAUCUAUAUCCAGAAAAUGCUGCAGGAGUCAUAUUUGACAUAUGAGGAUGAGCUGAGGCUGGUGGGCGAACUGGUCACAGUCAUAGGUGCUGUAGUAAUUUUGAUUUUUGAGAUCCCAGAUAUCCUUAGAGUUGGAGCAGCAAAAUACUUCGGACAAACCAUUCUAGGAGGUCCUUUCCACAUCAUUAUUAUCACAUAUGCUUGCAUGAUUCUGAUAACCAUGGUGAUGCGUCUCACCAGCAUGACUGGUGAGGUGGUGCCCAUGUCCUUUGCCCUGGUGUUAGGAUGGUGCAAUGUCAUGUACUUUGCACGAGGCUUCCAGAUGCUGGGACCCUUUACCAUCAUGAUCCAAAAGAUGAUAUUUGGUGAUCUUAUGCGCUUCUGCUGGCUCAUGGCUGUGGUGAUACUGGGCUUUGCAUCAGCUUUUUACAUCAUUUUCCAGACUGAGAACCCUCAAAACCUUGGCCAGUUCUAUAACUAUCCCAUGUCCUUGUUCACCACCUUUGAGUUGUUCCUCACUAUCAUUGAUGGCCCUGCAAACUAUGAUGUGGACCUGCCCUUUAUGUACAGCGUUGCAUACUUUGCCUUUGCCGUCAUUGCUACCCUUCUUAUGCUCAACUUGCUUAUUGCCAUGAUGGGAGACACACACUGGAGAGUGGCCCAUGAACGGGAUGAGCUCUGGAGAGCCCAGGUUGUCGCUACUACUGUUAUGCUGGAGCGGAAACUGCCACGAUGUCUCUGGCCUCGCUCUGGAAUCUGCGGUCGGGAAUAUGGGCUAGGAGACCGAUGGUAUCUCAGAGUAGAAGACCGAGUUGAUCCUAACAAACACAAGAUGAUGCGGUACACAGAAGCAUUUAAGGUUCAGGACAAGGAAAAUUGUGACAAAAGUUUGGAAAAGAUAGAAGUUGAUAGGAACAUCCUGUACAAAAAAGAACUACCUGCUCUAUCACUGUCACGCAAUACAUCCAGGACUAGUUCUCACCGUGGCUGGGAGAUCCUGAGGCAGAAUACUUUCCACCAACUUCAUGGGGAGGUCAAUCAUGCCAUGGAAGAAGAGGUCUAUGACGUCUAA